UUCCUCAGAGGGCGGGAAAGGGGGGGUAGGCGAAGGUUCGGGCGGGUGGACUGUAGGUGGCAGGGAAAAGGGGGAGGAGGUUUUAUGGGGGUGCAUGGCGCUUUAUCCGGGAUAUGGUUGCUAUUUGAUGCGUCUCUGGCUUCUCCUGGCACUUGGGAAAUAGCAGAAAGUUCACAGCGAGAGCGAGUAAAUAAGACGGAGAUACCCACUUCCUGUGAGGAGCGUGAUUUGCUAUGCAUCUCUUGUAUCCGCCAGGAGUGGCGUAUCCUGGUAUGGGACAAGUUCUACGUUCUUACCCAUCGCGUUUCCGCCCUGUGGAGAUACAGUACGGACCAAUCCACCCAUCUAUGACAGAGCCCAUUCCCGGAACAACCCCCCUAAUGCACGAACCCCCAACCAUAAACACUGCCUUCCCAGCAGAACACCACACACUGCAGCCGAAGGAGUAGGGAACCCCCCCCCCCCCCAAUCAGGCAAGCUUCACCCAGCUCUCCCUCGCCACGAGCGCAGCCCUACGCACCUCCCGGACGGGAUCGCCGCUCGCCGCGGCCAGCAUGCGCUGCAUCCGCGGCGAGUGGGGCAGCAGGUGCCUCUCCUCGA